AUGUCGUUCGGAAAGAUUUACACCUACCCUAAGGCCCCGCGCUCGACUAUGGUCUUGUACAUCGCGGAGCUACUAAAACUCGACGUUGAGAUUGUCACCGCUCUACCUAUCAAGAUCUACACAGACCGUGGUGGUGUUGGCGAAGAGUAUCUGUCCAAAUUCCAUCCUGGAAAAGUGCCCGCGCUGGAGACUGCGGAUGGAUUCUGUGUAUAUGAAAACAUAGCUGUGUCAUGGUUUUUGGCUAAGCAGGACCCGAAGACUACCCUGCUCGGCUCCGGCCUUCGGGAAGAGACGACCUGUCUGCGAUGGGCAUCCUUUACCGAUUACGAGCUACUGCCGCCUAUUAUGGCUUGGAUUAACCCAAUCAUUGGCCGGGCUCCUUCGAGUCCCGAGAUCCUGGCUCAGUUAGAAGAAAAUUGCGAGCUUACAGUUCGAGCUGUGGAGAAGGAAAUUUCAGGAAAGACGUUUCUCGUCGGCGACACCCUGACUAUUGCAGACCUGUUUGUCAUCUCUGGCCUAGCAAGAGGCUACCAAUUUGUUUUCACGAAGGCAUGGGCAGCGAAGCAUCCUAUCGUGCACGAGUAUUACAUGAGAUUGAGGUCCGAUCCCAUUUUUACCAAGAUUCUUGGAGAAAAUGUGAUCCGCGAUGAGGCUGGUGGAACGUAUCCCGAUUAUGAUGGUUUGUAG